CUCGCAUGUUGUCAACAACAACAAAUAAAUGUGACUAAAAUGAAGCUCCUCAACCAUAUAUUCGGGUUGGUUUUAAAUUUGUUCAGCUUACCACUCAGUGAUAACACUUACGUUGAAAAUAUGUUAGGGAAAACAAUGAUGCCCUUAAACGCCAUAGAUCUUCUACAAAGGGCCGGAAUGGGGUCUUGUAGACCUCUUUUGUUUCAUUUUGGGGAGAAUGCGUUAAAAAUUGGUUUUCUACCGAAGGGUUUUUGUUCAAGUUGCUGCCCUCUGAAGAUGGAUAGAGAUGUGCGGUUUGUUUUCUAUAGUAAACAAAAUAGAAGCGGCGUUCCGAUAGAGCCCUAUAAUGAAGCUGGGGCAGCUGAAAGGGCUGGAGUGGAUCCUAACGUGACUACGGUUAUUUUUAUACAUGGGUUUACUGAGCCAUCGCCGGGUGAAAGUGGAAAAAACUAUUAUGGAUGCAUAUUUUAGCAGAGAAGAACCCUAUAAUAUUGUUUUGAUCGAUUGGUCAGACUUGGGGGCUUUUCCGUGGUUACAGAACUGCUGUGGAAAAUAUCAAACUGGUUGCAAACACUUAUACAGGAAUUCAUAGCAACAUUUAACAAAACAGGAGAGAUGUCGAUAGAAAAAUUACAUGUGAUAGGGUUUAGCUUGGGUUCUCAUGUAGCUGGGCAUACUGGUAAGCUUCUAAUCAAACGUAAAAUGAAGCUGCCGAGGAUCACAGCUCUUGAUCCAGCAUUUCCAGACAUUUCUUUAAACGAUCGUUCAAAAAGGCUUUCGCAGAACGAUGCUGAAUAUGUGGAUGUCAUACACACUGACGGGGGUAUAUUUGGGUUUCCUUUAAAUGUGGGGCAUGCUGAUUUCUACCCCAAUGGGGGUAGAGCGUUACAACCAGGAUGUCAACCUAGUUAUUUGGUACAGCAACGGUUGAUUGAUAAAGUUUUGGCAUGUAGUCAUGUAAGGGCCUGGAAACUUUACGCUGAGUCGGUAAGAAACCAGAAGCGUUUCCAUCCACAAGAUGUCCAAGUUGGAGGGGCCAGACUAAAAGAUGUGAAUUCCACAUGGAUUCCCAUAUGGGUUUUGGGAUAAUAACAAAUCAACAUGGGCAGUUUUUCCUGCUGACAAAACAAAGUUCCCCGUACUCAAAAACAAAUGAAGAGCAGUCGAGACCCUUCGUAAAUUAACCCCGCAAUUCAAAAACCAACAUUUUGUGAUAUUU